GGCUGACCUGAUCUGGGCUUGGGCACUCGAAGCUGGGAGAAGAGGUAUUAAGUAUUAGUAUAAGGAGCCUGGUGUGUCCCAAGGCCCGGCCGUCAAUGCCAACAGUUUCUCAAACGAUACUACCAGUCAUAUUUCCCCUGGAUCAGAAAAUAGACCGUACGGCACCAUGGCAUCACAACUCCCCUUCAAGCUCCCUUCCACGCGAGCCCUGCUGCUCGCCGUCUUGUUCACCCUCAGUGCCCACGCCAACCCCAUCCCGGGCCCCGACUCCGGAACAACUGAAGAAAUCUCCCAAUGUGCCACCAUCUUAUGCAUGGCCGGCACCGACUGCAAAGUAAUCGACGGCCGCGCCCAAUGCAUACCCAUCAACCCCAAGCCCGAGGUAUGCGGCAAAACGGUCUGCGCGGCCGGCCUGAUAUGCUGCAACGCGUCGUGCGGCAUCUGCACCAAGCCCGGCAUGAUGUGCACCCAGCAAGCUUGCAAUGAUGACGGUCCCAAGGGGGAGAAAUGUGGCUCUGUCUUCUGCAAGCCCGGCACCGAGUGCUGCAACCCGAGUUGUGGUACAUGUGUUGCUCCCGGAAAGGGAUGCACCAAGCAGCUCUGCCUUCCUGAUCCGCCCAAGCAGGAACAGUGUGGCAAGACCGUUUGCCCAGAGGGGUUCGUCUGCUGCAAUUCGAGUUGUGGGACUUGCACGCCGCCGGGGGGAGCUUGUACGCAGCAGUUUUGCACGAACUGAGUGCCUUGGAAAGGGAUAAGGUUGGGAAAUAGGAGAAGAAAAGUUGGGGUGGUAGUCUGUCAUGGGGUCAGGGAUGUCGUACAUUACUAGUACAUGUGUCUAUACCAGGAUGGUCAAAAAUGAUCUGUGUUUGCUGGAUCAAAAGGCGGGUUCGGGAAAAGGUAGAGGACUUCCACUUUCUCGUCAGGGGUAGGACAAGCACGCUGUGCUUGUAGUCAAGCUUCGUUCAAAUCGUUCCUCGUGCUGCUCCGCUAGCAUGGGAAGUGGUAAAGUACUUGACAUCGACCUACUAGGUGUGUGACUGAUGGCGGAAUGGAUCAGCUUCCUCAGCUUG